AAAUUCUCAUUUUGUUUUCCCUUUUUGUCUCAGAUUUUCCAUUUUUUAUCCUUCUCUUCUCCUUUUUUUUGUAUUUUAGGUUUCUCAUUUUUCUCAGAAAUAAAAGAGAAAAAGAAAAGAAAAAGGUUUUUUUUUUAAAAAAAAUUAAGGAUGUUAGAGCAGUUGCUAAUCUUCACAAGAGGAGGAUUAAUCCUCUGGACAUGUAAAGAGCUUGGAAAUGCUCUGAAAGGAUCACCAAUUGACACACUGAUCCGAUCAUGUCUUUUGGAAGAAAGAUCAGGUGCAGCAUUUUAUAAUUAUGAUGCUCCUGGUGCUGCAUACACCCUCAAAUGGACUUUCCAUAACGACCUUGGUCUUGUGUUUGUUGCUGUUUAUCAGCGGAUUCUUCAUUUACUUUAUGUUGAUGAGCUGCUUGCAAUGGUUAAGCGUGAGUUUUCGGAGAUUUAUGAUCCAAAGCGUGUGGAUUAUAAUGAUUUUGAUGAAACUUUUAGGCAACUUAGGAAAGAGGCAGAAGCUCGAGCUGAUGAGUUGAAAAAAUCGAAGCAGGUAAUUAAGCCUGUGAAUGAUGGUAAGAAGCAAGUGCAAGUUAAAAAAAGUGGGUUUGAAGGAGGAAAUAAGAAAAAAGGUGGAGCGAAUGAUGGUGGAGAUGGUGAUAAGGGAAAGGGUUACAAAUUGGAGAAUGGACACUCCAACGGUAAUCAUGUUGAUAUUCAUGAGUCUAGGUCAGAUGUUGCUAACGGUAAAGAAAAUGCUAGUUCCAAUAUUGGAGCUUUUGAUGUAAGCAAGCUUAAGAAGCUUAGAAAUAAAGGUGGAAAGAAAACUGAUACUGUUGUUAGUAAGGGUGCCAAUGUGGACCCAAAGAAAAAGAUAACAAAACAGAAGAGAGUUUGGGAUGAUUCGCCUAAAGAGUCCAAAUUGGACUUUACAGAUCCUGUGGAGGAGAAUGGGAAUGGGCAUGCAGAGGUUGUGGCGACUGAUCAUGGUGAAAGCAUGAUGGAUAAAGAAGAAAUUAUUAGUAGUGACAGUGAGGUGGAAGAUGAGGAAGAGGAGAAAGAUAGCAAGCGUGACACUAAGAAGAAGGGAUGGUUUUCAUCUAUGUUUCAGAGUAUUGCAGGAAAGGCAAACUUGGAGAAGUCAGAUCUGGAACCAGCUUUGAAAGCACUCAAGGAUAGGUUGAUGACCAAGAAUGUGGCUGAGGAGAUAGCUGAGAAGCUUUGCGAAUCAGUUUCAGCAAGUCUUGAAGGUAAAAAGCUGGCAUCUUUCACAAGAAUAUCCUCAACCGUGCAGGGUGCAAUGGAAGACGCUCUUGUUCGAAUUUUAACUCCUAGGCGCUCUAUUGACAUACUGAGAGAUGUACAUGCUGCCAAGGAGCAGAGAAAGCCAUAUGUUGUUGUUUUUGUUGGUGUCAAUGGGGUUGGAAAGUCCACCAAUCUUGCUAAGGUAGCAUACUGGCUUCUGCAGCAUGACAUUAGUGUUAUGAUGGCUGCUUGUGAUACAUUUAGGUCAGGAGCUGUAGAGCAGCUGCGCACUCAUGCACGCAGACUUCAGAUCCCAAUAUUCGAAAAGGGCUAUGAGAAAGAUCCUGCCAUUGUAGCAAAGGAAGCUAUUCAGGAGGCUACACGCAAUGGUUCUGAUGUAGUUCUUGUUGAUACUGCUGGUCGAAUGCAGGAUAAUGAACCAUUGAUGAGAGCUCUUUCAAAACUUAUUUACCUCAACAAUCCAGAUUUGGUCUUGUUUGUUGGAGAGGCAUUGGUUGGAAAUGAUGCCGUUGAUCAACUAUCAAAGUUCAACCAGAAACUAGCCGAUCUCUCUACUUCACCUAAUGCAAGAUUAAUCGAUGGCAUUCUGCUUACCAAGUUUGAUACAAUUGAUGAUAAGGUUGGUGCUGCGCUGUCAAUGGUAUACAUCUCUGGCGCACCAGUAAUGUUCGUCGGCUGUGGACAAUCUUAUACAGAUCUCAAAAAGUUGAAUGUGAAAUCUAUUGUCAAGACACUCCUCAAAUGAGUAGUGUCUGUCCUCUAAAAAAGUUCAUUGGUGCUUUCAAUCGUGUGCUGUUAUAAACAAAUUACAGUCUGCCAAAAAUAGUAUGCUUGUUCUCUUAAAUUCCUGUGAAACAUUUUCUGUAAUGAGAGGUGAAUCAAAUCCUAUCUAGACGGUAGCUAUUCAAAUUGUUCUAUUUGUUCUUUUGCUUUUCUGUUCUGUCACUUCUUUA